GAUCGUGGCUAAGUAUACUUACGCGCUGUGUUUAAACGAGGCUUUAACGAAGACAAAGGGACCGCCGAGCGAAACAGCGGGACAAAAGCGAGACGGCCGGACCGGUGAACCGAGUUUCUAUCGCCGCUGAGGAAAGAAAGCCCGAGCCGCGGAGAAUGUCGUCGUUCGAAUCCGUGGUUAAUUGCAUCAUUCUGGUCUGUUUGCCGGUGAUCUUCGCAGUGCUGUUGGGGGACGAGCAGGAGACAACGGUCUCGAACACCCAAGAUUCCACGGGCGUCGAGCAGCGUGCUCCCUUCUCGAAGAAUGUCAGUGCCUACAAUUGCUCCGCGCCCUGCCACGCUUCUUAUCCGUGCCACGACGAGCUUCGUUGUCAUCGCCAUUGUCGCAACCUGCUGGUGCAAGGGAUGAUUUGCUCGUGCGACCUCGACGCGCACCGGCCGCCGUUGCGCGACGACUACCUGAUCACGCCUGGCAUCGGCAUGCACAAAUUCCACAGCAGAUCGGUCACGUGGAACGACGCGCGAAGGACGUGCUACGACGAGGGCGGUCAUCUGGCCAUCAUAAAUUCCAACGCCGAGGCUGGCGUGUUAACGGCGAUAUUUAAUCGAGCGAGUUCAUCGGUGAAGGGUGCAGCGUACCCGGACGAAGCUUUCCUCGGCAUACACGACCUCUACGCGGAGGGCAAUUGGGUGACCAUCCUCGGCGAUACGUUGGCAAAGACCGGCUUCAGCACUUGGAGCGAGAGAUGGGGCGGACAGCCGGAUAACGGGGGUGGAAAUCAGAACUGCGGAGCUUACCUCAGGGAGGGCACGCUCGACGACGUACACUGCGAGGCGCGCUAUCCCUUCUUCUGCGAGAUACCCCUAGUCAGCCUCGAGAAGACGGAAGCUGGCUCUCGAACGUUUCUAAUGCAGUGCAAACAACUCCGGGAACAAGAGCGGAGGAACGAGACCAACGAACGGGGCGGCCUGCUGACAAAACGCGCCGCUGCAUUCGCGGAUUCAAACCGAUUCCAUCACCCAAGUCCGAGACAGCGCGCGGAAGGUGCUGCGAAGAUGUCCAAUUCCUUCGUCGAUCGCGUUAUCCUGGUGAUCGGGAUGAUGGUCAUCUUCGACCCGUUGUCCUCCCGAUCGGCUCCGGCACCGAACCCGUACUCCCUGUGGAACAGUCGUUGCUACAAGCUGCACACGAAGAUCGAGAACUGGGCCCGGGCGCGGAGAGCCUGCAUCCUGGAAGGCGCUCAUUUGGUCGUCAUCAACAAUAAGGAGGAAGCCGACAUGUUGAAGGGAAAGUUUCACGAGAAAGACGAAGCCGUGGGGGCGAGUUGCCAGGACGCCGUCUUCGUGGGUAUACACGACCAGUUCGACGAACGCGAUUGGGUCACCAUCUUCGACGAACCCAUCGCCACCGUGUUCAACGAGUGGUCCGACAAGUGGGGCGUACAGCCCGACAAUUUUGGCGGCCAUCAAAACUGCGGCACUUUGUAUCGGGACGGCAAGCUGAACGACGUGCCUUGCACCAUGAAACUUCCCUUCUUCUGCGAAAAGGAAUCGACCGAUGACAUCUGUUCCUGAUCUUCCGGGACCUUCUUUGCAUAUAAAUCGUAAACGCUUGGCACAUUCGGUGCCAUAUUCGUUGUUAGACCCGGACGGCGCUGCGUUUCGAACGAUCGUUGAUUAUAGAAUUGCUGUACCUCGAUCUUCCGUCGAAUAAAAUGAAAUAAACGAGACAGUUCCUAGGA